CAGAUACACAAACCAUUCAACAAACCAAGAGCCAAGCACUCAGCCAGGCAGGCAGGCAGUCAGUCAGUCCGUCCCCCGGUCCCAAUUCGAGUCACAGUAAACGGCCAGUCACAGUCACUUUUGUCGUCUCCAUUUAUCCAUCUAUCCGUCCAUCCAUACUUUCAAUCAUACGCACAACAUGUUGAACAAUGUCGUGUUGUCGAUGACACGUAGCCGCCGUCAACAACAUCACCAUCCUCCUCACCAUGUGGCAGAAGAACGUGAAGAAGGCGGACGAGAAGGUGGAACAGUCUCAUCGUCAUCAUCGCCAUUUCUAAUGAAACCAUUACGGAUGCUGUUGCUAAUGUUGAUGGUGCUAAGUGCUGCUGCAACAUACAUACAGCCAUCAAUGGCAGAAAGUGAAACUAAUGAUUUGAAUAGUUUGGAACCCAAAGAGCCCGUGACCAUGUCGCUAAAACCAAUUUCAGCCAAACUGGAAACACGUCAACACCCCAAUGCCGCUCAGUACAUGCCCCAAUCGCAAUUGCCAGCAACAUUGCCUGGCUGUCCAUUAUGCGAUUCGUCCGUCUACAGUUAUUGUUCGCAUAAACUGAUUCACGACACAUGCUGCUGCGAUUAUCCAGGUUCCAUUUACCAAAAGCCUCCUCAAUGCGUCUACUAUGAAUGCUCACUGUUGUAUGCAAAAUCAUGCUAUGAACACUCGUUAAUUAAAAAUUGCUGCUGUAAUAAUCCUUAUUGAGGGAACACUUGUAAUUAUACAUAUUUCCACUUUCGAUAAUACGCUUAGGUUAAGAUUAAUUUAUACAAAAUGCCCUUAAUGAAUAAAGUCAUUGAAAUGAUAUGCGCAGAAGGUUGAUGAGUGCGUUCAUAAGCCUUAUACUCAAGAAACGUGUGAAAACUUAA